AUGAUGUGCGGCGACGCGCGCGAAAGCCCAACGUCCCCGCUCCCCGCGUCCGUGUCUGCGCCCGGCAGCACGAGCGUGGCCGCGCUGAUCGCCGAUGCCGACGGGGGUGCACUGGGUGAGCGGCUAGCGGCGAUGGGCCUCGACGCCUCGCGCUCGUCCAGCUUUGCGGCGGCGGCGGCGCGACUGCUUGCCGCCGGCGUGGCGCCCGAGACUCGCGCGACCGCCUUCUGGGUGCCCGGCCGCAUCGAGGUGCUCGGCAAGCAUACCGACUACGCGGGCGGCCGGAGCCUGCUCUGUGCCGUCAACCGCGGCUUCUCUGUCGUCGCCGCCGACCGCGACGACGCCAUCCUUCGCGUCUUCGCCUCGUUCGAGCUCACCGGCGAGGCCGACGUGGCCGAGGUGGCGCUCGCGGCGGCGCCCGAGGCCGCGUCGCCUGCCGGCUGGGCCGUGUACCCGGCGGCAGUAUCUAGGCUUGCGCGCAACUUUGGCAUUCGCGGCGGGGUCGAUCUGGCGCUGAGCUGCGACCUGCCCGAGGCGUCGGGCAUGUCGUCCUCGUCGGCAGUUGUCAUCGCCACCUUCCUCUGCCUGAGCGCGCGGAACCGCCUCUCCGCCCAGCUGCGCGCCCGGCUGCCGACGGCCGAAGCGCUCUGCCACUACCUCGGCUGCGUCGAGAAUGGGCAGGACUGUGGCCACGAGCUGCCGGGCGACGCGGGGGUCGGCACGUUCGGCGGCUCGGAGGACCACACCGCGAUCCUCCUCUCCCGGCGCGCCGAGCUCCGCGUCUACGCCUUCUGCCCGACCGCGCUCGAGGCGCCCCUCCCUCUUCACAAGCGGUACGAGCAGUUCCACGCCGAGUCGGAGGUUCUCAUCCCGGCCGUCCGCGGCGCCCUGUCGCAGCGUGAGGUGCCCCUCCCGACGCUGGCGUCCCUCGUCGACCGCAGCCAGGCGCUGACCGCCUCGCACCUGCGCAACACCCUCGAGGAGACCGAAUGGCUGCCUGCAGCGGCGCGCCGCCUCGGCGCCGUCGCGGCCUCGGCGUUUGGCGCCGGCUUUGGCGGGAGCGUGUGGGCCCUCGUCGAGGCGGGUAGGGCGAGAGAGAUCCUCGCCGAGUGGAGUCGUGCGUACGCGGAGGAGUACCCGCACCGGCAGGCCCACGCGCGCUUCUUUGCGAUGGAGAGCCCGCCGCCUGGCGCGUGCUCCGUCGUGUGA